CGUCACUUUAAGGCUGAUUAAGCUGUAAAUUGUGUUGUUUUUCUGUUUAAUCAUACAAUCAAUUCGCGGUUAAUUUUUGAUUCAACCCUCAAAUCUAAUUGAUUAUUGGAACCAUGAAAAUGCGCAAUGGAUUGUGUUUCUUUUUGAUUAAUUGUUGAGAAAAAAAAAGUUCUAUUCUAUUGUAAUAAUAUUUAGAUGAUCAUUCUCAGUGUGUUUGACAAUCAUUGAGGUAACAAUUUACCUGUCUAAUUGUUGUUGCUUGAAAAUUUUCAUUCUUUAAUCAGCUGAGAUUGAAAAUCUAUUCUUAACAUGAUAUGUGUCUCUCUCCUGUGAAUGUCUAAUCAUCUUUGUGUAUUUUUAUCCACAUAAUUAGUUGAUGACAACUUUUUUUUUCUUCACUUCUCUUACAAUUUAACUAACAUUGGCUCAAGGUUUCAUUUUUUUCUCUGUCUUCUAUCAUCAUUAUCAUCAUCAUCAUCAUCCCAUCAACAUCGUUUGAUUAUCCCUUGCGAUUUACUUCAUUUUAAACUGUGGUUCGUUGUUCAAUUCAGUUGCCAUUGUGAUAGAUUUUUUUUCCCGUUCCAACAAAAACAACAACAACAACAACAACCAAUCCAACCAAUAAAUCAAUCAAUCAGUAACCUUAAUUGUUAUGGGUAAACACAACAGUAAACUAAAACCAGAGGAAUUAAAGGACUUAAGGUCAACAACGGAAUUUACCGACACCGAAAUCCAAGAAUGGUACAAGGGAUUUCUGAAAGACUGUCCAUCGGGUCAUCUCUCUAAGAAUGAAUUUAAAAAAAUCUAUGGAAACUUUUUCCCUCAUGGUGAUGCAUCAAAAUUUUCUGAACAUGUUUUCCGAACCUUUGAUGCCAAUGGUGAUGGAACCAUAGAUUUCAGGGAAUUCCUAUGUGCCUUAAGUGUUACUUCACGAGGAAAACUUGAUCAGAAACUCCGAUGGGCAUUUAGUAUGUACGAUUUGGACGGUAAUGGAUUCAUCUCUCGGCACGAAAUGUUGGAAAUUGUCUCGGCAAUCUACAAAAUGGUUGGAUCUUUGAUGAAAAUGCCUGAGGAUGAAUCGACUCCCGAAAAGCGGACUGAUAAAAUUUUCCGUCAAAUGGACAAGAAUCUUGAUGGUCGAUUGUCAAUGGAUGAGUUUAUUCAAGGAGCUAAAAGUGACCCUUCGAUUGUUCGUCUUCUUCAAUGUGACACUCAAACAUUUUAAUCGAAUCAUUUGUUCUCAUGAUAAUUUAUUCAUCUGAUUGUUGUCAUCGUUGGAACCUCAACAGAGAAUCAUUUUCCCUGGAACUUAAUUAUAUAUAAAUAUAACUUUUUGUUCCUUGUUUUCUAGUCCAUUUCGUAAAGGAAAAAAAAUCCUCAAUCAUCAUCAAGAAUUAAUGAAAAUUCUGAACAUAAUGAAAUCUCACAUCAUCACCAUGACAUUUACAAUGAAUCUCUGUCUCUCUUUCUCUCUCCGUUCAAUGUAAUUGUUUUGUUUUUCAGGUAAAAGGAAAACAAAUUAAUCAUGUUAAUUGUUAAUAACAAUAAAAGAUUCAUUUUCAUACAAGAAAAUUAAAACCACUCAUAUGAGAUAAAUUUUACAGGACAUUUCACCAAGUU